AAAACAUCGUCCCAUUUCCUUUUAGCCAGCCACUAGGGUUUAAGGCUCUAAAACCCUAAAUCACCAGAGUCACAGAGAACCAAAUCAUUCAUUUUUCAAAACAAUGGCAGGUUUGGUUGGUACCCGACUCUGUCGCUAUCUUUUCUCCACAAGCCCUAAAAUUUCUCAGAUUUCUAUGCCUUUCUCCACCAGCCUUUCGUCUCACGAGGACUCCGACCAUGACAAGCCGGGCUUGGACUUGGACAACGACGCAGUUCCUGACGCAUCCCAACAGCCACCACCAUCAUCGUCAGCAUCAUCACCUGAGGGAUCGGGUGGAAAACGGGAGAUUUAUGAUCGACCACUUGAGAACGGUCUUGACGUGGGUAUUUACAAGGCGAUUAUUGUGGGGCAAGUGGGGCAGAGUCCGAUAAAGAAGAAGCUGCGCAGUGGGAGGUCAGUCGCUCUGUUUUCAGUUGGAACUGGUGGAAUUCGCAAUAAUCGCAGGCCAUUGGAGAACGAGGAUCCGAGGGAUUAUGCAAAUCGAUGUGCUGUUCAGUGGCAUAGGGUUUCAGUAUAUCCAGAAAGGCUGGGGGAUAUUGCCGUGAAGCAUGCUCUACCUGGUUCAAUUAUAUAUUUGGAGGGAAACCUGGAGACCAAAAUCUUCACCGAUCCAAUUACUGGUCUUGUUCGACGGAUAAGAGAGAUUGCAAUACGUCAAAAUGGUCGUCUUGUGUUUCUCGGCAAAGGUGCUGAGGAUGACAAUCAAUCACGUUCAUCAGAAUUUAAGGGCGUUGGCUAUUACUAGAUCAGAUGGAAGGAUGAAUUUCUCAGGGUUUACUCGACAUUCAAAAAGAACUUUAUUCUCAAAUUUGUAAUUAUUUUGAAUCUUUCCAAGUCUGCAUUUUGUUUCUGUAUUUGAUGUAGCAUUGAUGUUAUGGAAGCAGGAAAUGCUGGGGAAUUACACUGACAUUUGUUUGACCAAUAAACCAAUGGAAAUUACUGAUUAGUUGCCUAUUAGGAGUAUCUUUGAACUGUUUCUGCA